AUGGACGCCACCGGCGUUAAGUCACGUGUAGCAAAGGUGAACACUAAUCAACUGGAAUUUAUCAAAAGGAAUGUGAUAGCCGUAAUUGCAAAGGAUAAACUAGCAUGGCCCUUUCUAAAACCGGUAGACCACCACAAACUGAAUCUUCCGGACUAUCCGAAGAUAAUCAAACAUCCGAUGGACCUUGGGACCAUCAAACAACGGUUAAAUUUGAAGUUUUAUCGGCACGGGGCGGAGUGCUUACGCGAUCUCUUUACGAUGUUCCGCAAUUGCUAUAUCUUUAAUAAGCCUGGCGAUGACGUUGUUGCUAUGGCCAUGAAGCUGGAGCGAGUCGCUCGUGAGAAGCUUCAGAAUUUGCCCUAUCCAGAAGUCGAGUUAAUUUCACAGAAGUUGAGUACCAGUCACACUGCGCCAACGUCGAACCUCUCUACCGAUUCUAACUUUUCUAUGUCAAUCUUGAAUAACACAGAAGAAUUGAAUGGUUCCUCUCUGGUCCCACCUACCACUCCUUCGGGCGUUGCGCUGCAACAGCAUCAAGGCCCACUUACUUCCAGUGUAAAUAAAAAAGCCCUCAAACGCAAACCUGAUUCCCUCGAUGAUAUUCCCUCGACCCCCCACUCCAUGGAUGAAUCUCGGGAGCGAAGGGUGUCUAAAAAGCCUAAGAUGGAGGAGCGUGUCAUCGGUAAAAGAGUGAGAUUGAGCGAAUCAUUGAAGCAGUGCAGUAACCUUUUGAAGGAUCUUUGUGCCGCUAGGUACAGGUACAAUCAACUGUUUCUGAAGCCGGUUGAUGUAGAGAGACUGGGUCUUCAUGACUACCAUGAUAUUAUAACUCAUCCCAUGGAUCUUAGUACCAUUCGUACCAAACUGGAUAGUGGUGUAUAUCAGAACAAAAAUGAGUUCGCAGCGGACAUGAGAUUAAUGUUUGAUAACUGUUACAAAUAUAAUGGGGAGAAAAGUGACGUUUCAGAUUUGGGCAGAGCCCUGCAAGGUAUUUUUGAGGAAAAUUUCGCGAAGAUCCUGGAUGAUGACGUGGAUGGUGUUCACACUGUAGAUCCGCGGUCGUGUGAAGCUAUGAUUCAAGCCGUUAUAAAGGAUCAUCAGCGCAUUGUGGCUCAGUACAACAAAUUCGGUGAAGAACUCCAAAAAUUAAGCUCAAACCUUACUACAAUUUUGACCGUAUUAAAUCAUCCAGCUGAUCAGGCAGGCGUAAAAAUGCUCAAAAAAGGGCAAUUUGCUGUACAUAAUUUCAGUGCAUUAUCGAGCUUCGAUGAUCAUGUCGGCAGGAAAGCCAAAACCACUCAAAAGACGAAAAGAAAGUCCCAAAAUCCGUCCACUUACCAGAAUGCGGUGUCGGCACAAGCUGCUAGUACGGUUCCUGGAAUGCCGAACGCCAUGCCAGUUGCGCCCUAUGGAGUUGACGAGGGUUUCGUCUCGGACGCUAAUGUUCGCCCUAUGACAUAUGAUGAAAAACGACAACUGAGUCUUGAUAUCAACAAGCUACCCGGCGAAAAGUUAGGUCGUGUUGUACAGAUUAUUCAGCAACGCGAACCGUCUCAUCGUGACUGCAACCCAGAUGAAAUUGAAAUUGACUUUGAAACACUGCAGGCUUCGACUCUUAGGGAACUGGAGCGUUACGUCAAGUCCGUUUUGCAGAAAGCAAAGUCCGCUUCUCGGAAGUAUGCUAAGAAGGCUAGUUCUGGUGCACCAUCGGCUAAAUCCCGUGAAGAGUCGAUGAAAAAGAAGGAGGAGGAGUUGGAGGGCCGCCUUCGAGAUAUAGGGGGUAUGGACAUGAAUCCUGGCGAGACGUCAAACCGCUUGAGUGCGUCGUCGAGUUCGAGUGACUCUGAGUCAUCUUCUGAGUCAAGUGGCAGUGAAUCAUCCGAUUCCAAGGCGGACAGUGAGUCUACGUAG